CUCCUCCUCCUUCCCGGGGAUCCGGCGGGGCUGGGGGGGAUGCGCCCCCCGCCGCGUCCCGCGCCAUGUUCAUCCCGCUGCCGGUGCCGCUGGUCUUCCGAAGGUCUCCCGUUGCCGCCUCCGCCGCCUCUGUCGCCUCCUCAGCCGAGAACAGCGAGGGAUGGCGCCUCAAGCCCCCGCUGGCCCUCCGCUCGGCUCCCGAAGUAAGAAUGUCUAAGCCCCUGGAGCUGGAGAAGGCACGGCUGGAGCUGCAAGAAGAGCACACAGAUACAGAAAGAAAUGGACCUGACACAAACCACCAGACCCAGCAGAGCAAGCCUUCUCCGUUCUCUCCGUCCCCCACCAGCACCGGCACCAAGAUCAAAGCCGAAGAGCCCACAGAGGUGCCUCCAGCUCCAGCCCCGGCUCCGGCCCCGGCCCCAGUCCAGCCGCCCCACCUGCCCCAGGCCCAGCUGAUGUUAGCCGGCAGCCAGCUUGCGGGGCUGACGGCCCUGAUGCCCGCGCAACAGCAGCUGCUCCUGCAGCAAGCCCAGGCCCAGCUCCUGGCGGCUGCCGUGCAGCAGUCCAACGCCGCCGCUGCCGCUGCCGCCUCCCAACAGCCGGGCUCCGACCUGCCGGCCCCGCAGAGCCAGCCCCAGGCGCCCCAGCUGGCCCUCUCGCAGCCCAUCCAGCUCACGGCACAGGACAUCCAGCAGCUGCUCCAGCUCCAGCAGUUAGUCCUGGUCCCAGGGCACCACCUCCAGCCUCCUGCGCAGUUCCUCUUGCCGCAGGCCCAGCCCGGGCAACAAGGGCUGCUCUCCACACCAAAUCUUUUUCAGCUACCUCAGCAAAACCCCGGGAGCCUCCUGCCGAAUCAGCCUCGCGCAGGACUCCCAGCACAGCAAGUGACUCGGCCCGGCCUCCCCGAGUCGCACCUGUCUCUCUCGCAGCAGCAGCAGCCGCAGCCGCCGCCUCCGCCCAAAUGCCUGGAGCCCCCCUCCCACCCCGAGGAGCCCAGCGACCUGGAGGAGCUGGAGCAGUUUGCCCGCACCUUCAAGCAGCGGCGGAUCAAGCUGGGCUUCACGCAGGGUGAUGUGGGGCUGGCCAUGGGGAAGCUUUACGGGAACGACUUCAGCCAGACCACCAUAUCGCGCUUUGAGGCUCUCAACCUCAGCUUCAAGAACAUGUGCAAGCUCAAGCCUUUGCUGGAGAAAUGGCUGAAUGAUGCUGAGACCAUGUCGGUGGACUCCACGCUUCCCAGCCCCAACCAGCUGACCAGUCCCAACAUGGGCUUUGACGGGUUGCCCGGCCGGCGCCGAAAGAAGCGGACCAGCAUCGAGACCAACGUCCGCUUCGCUUUGGAGAAAAGCUUUCUCGCGAACCAGAAGCCUACCUCAGAGGAGAUCCUGCUCAUCGCAGAGCAGCUCAACAUGGAGAAGGAGGUGAUCCGCGUCUGGUUCUGCAACCGCCGACAGAAGGAGAAGCGGAUCAACCCCUGCAGCUCUGCCCCCGUCUUGCCUGCCCAGGGCAAGCCCCCAGGAUACAGCCCGCUCUUGGUGACCAGCCCCGGCACAAGUCUGCCUCUCUCCCAGGCUUCCAGCAGUUUGAGCACAACAGUGACUACCUUGUCCCCAGCGAUCUGCUCCCUGACCCCGAGCCGGACAGCGGUGGGAGUGGGGGCCACCGUCCUCAAUUCGGCCACUCCACCCCCCAGCAACAGCACAAACCCCAGUCCCCUGAGCGCCGGCAGUGGCGGAGUGGGAGGCGGUGGCGGAGGAGGAGGCCUCCACCCGGCCCUCAGCCUGCAAGCCCUGAAUCCCAGCCCGGGAAGCACAGUGCUGGGGGUGAAUGCAGGGUUAAACCCCGCGCUCAUGGCCACCAACCCGCUGGCCACCAUACAAGCCUUGGCCAGUGGUGGAAGCCUGCCAAUUACCAGCCUUGAUGCCAGUGGCAACCUGCUCCUGAGCACCAGCGCCAGUGUCACAGGGGCCGGCAGCCAGAGCAUCGUGACCUCUCCGCUCUUCCUGAACCACGCCGGAUUGCCCUUGCUGAGCGCCACCUCGGCAGGCAGCGUGGGGAGCCUGGUGUCGGCGGCGGCAGCGGCAGCAGCAGCGGCGGCCUCCAUGCCCAGCAAGUCUCCCGGCCUGACCUCUUCCUCCUCCUCUUCCUCUUCCUCCUCCUCUUCCUCCUGCUCCUCGUGCAGCUCGGCCGCCAGCGACAUGGCACAGACUCUGGCCCAGGCCACUCCGGGAUCCACCACCGCUGAGCCGGACGCCAAGACGGAAUGAGGGCCGCUGCCGGCACAGAGGGGAGCCGGAGGAGGAGGAGGAGGAGACCCCGCACGCAGCGCCUUGGCGGCAGAGGAUUGCGGCGGCGGCGGCAGAGCGUUGGACCUACAAACCGACGAGCGAAACCAAAAAAGUGUAUGAACCAAAACCAAAACCAAACAAAGAAUUGUCAGCAACAGCCAAACGAAGAAAAAAAAACCCAACCAAAAAAUAGAAAAUAACCCAAAGUAGCCAAAACCAAGCCAAGCAAAAAGGGACAAAGGAAGAAACCAAAAAGAAUUCCCCAAACCCGUGCUUUUCUUUUCCAGGGGUUUUGUUUCCUUUCCCCCUCCUUCUCCUCCUCCUCGUCCUCAGCAAGAACCAAACCGCCUUGCCAAAGGUGACUCCUCGAAACGCUUUCUUAAAACGACGACUUCUCUUUAUUUUUCACCUGCGGGUUUCCUUGGACAGCGCCAGGAAGGAAACACACAGGGAACGGGGAGAGGAGUUUUUCUUUUUUGGUAAAAAAAAUACGAGCAAAAAAAAAAAAGAGAGAAAAAGGAAAAAGACAAAAAACAAUAAUAAUAAGAAAGAAAAAAAACCAAACUCCACCUUUAAGACCUUUAAAGGGGGAAAUGAAUCUCACACCAAAAAUCACCAGUUCUAGCUUCACCCAAAGCUUUUUACAGACUUUUCUAACUUCUGUGUCUGGUCGAAUGUCUUUCAAAUACUCUUUUAUUUAUUCUUAUUUAUUCUUGGUUCUCUUUGGGUUCCAGGA